GUGUACAUUUGUCUGUAACCUUUCAGAUGUUGUGGGUUGGGAGUGAGGUGGCUAAAGAACAGGAAUUGAUCAAUUUGAAGUAUGCUAUAUCAGAAUGCUGAAAUCUGAAUAAUUAUUAAUUCCAAGUGAUCUUUUUCAUAAAUGUCAUGAUUUUAGAUCACCAAAGUUAAUGUUAUAAUUUAUCUAGCAUUCUAUUUAUUAUGUCCAGUGAAAAGAAAAUUGACCCAGACAUGAAGGGUUGGCUUUACAAAUGGACAAAUUACCUCAAGGGUUACCAAAAGCGCUGGUUUGUGCUCUCUGGAGGAUUACUAUCCUAUUACCGGAACCAAGCGGAGGCCCAGCACACUUGUCGGGGCAACCUAAGUCUCCAUGACGCUAUCAUCCACACUGAAGACACAUGCAACUUUGUCAUCAGCAACGGUGGCACACAAACAUUCCAUCUUAAGGCUGCCUCUGAGGUGGAGAGGCAGAAGUGGGUCACCGCACUGGAGCUGGCCAAGGCUAAAGCUGUGCGCAUAUUGGAUAGUGCAUCAGUCUGUUCUAUGUGGCUGCAUGAUGAUCAUGCAAAUGAGUCAUGCAUGGCAUGCUACCAUUCUCCGUGCCAUUACUACCACUCGUACUACUGCCACUCCACCUGCCUGUUUGUGCCCUCACCACCCCCUGUUUGUGCCGACACCACCCCUGUUUGUGCCGUCAUCACCCCCUGUUUGUGCCGUCACCACCCCCUGUUUGUGCCGUCACCACCCCCUGUUUGUGCCGUCACCACCCCCUGUUUGUGCCGUCACCACCCCCUGUUUGUGCCGUCACCACCCCCUGUUUGUGCCGUCACCACCCCCUGUUUGUGCCGUCACCACCCCCUGUUUGUGCCGUCACCACCCCCUGUUUGUGCCGUCACCACCCCCUGUUUGUGCCGUCACCACCCCCUGUUUGUGCCGUCACCACCCCCUGCGUUCCAGUCUCGUCUAGACGACCUGCGCACAUGUAACGACCUGAUCGUGAAGCACGCCGCCGCCCUCCACAAGAGUCUCGCUGAGCUCGAGGCCAGCGACGCCUCGCGAGAUGAUCUCGUCAGCAAGAUGAAGACUGUUAAUGAGAGAGCUACUUUAUUUAGGAUCUCAUCCAACGCCAUGGUUAAUGCGUGUACGUCGUACGUGAGCAGCGCGUCGUCAGUGAGCAGGAGGUGGCAGCGGCAGUUGCUGCACGAGCGUGAGCAGCGAGCGCGGCUCGAGGAGAUGGUCGAGCAGCUGGCUCGCCAGCACUCCCAUCUGGAGCAGGUGGCUAAAGAGCACCACAACCAGCAGGCUAACGCCAACGCUCAUCACGUAUUUUAUGUUUCAACCAUUAAACCCGCCUACGCCCAUCACAUGCAGGCGUGUACGUCGUACGUGAGCAGCGCGUCGUCAGUGAGCAGGAGGUGGCAGCGGCAGUUGCUGCACGAGCGUGAGCAGCGAGCGCGGCUCGAGGAGAUGGUCGAGCAGCUGGCUCGCCAGCACUCCCAUCUGGAGCAGGUGGCUAAGGAGCACCACAACCAGCAGGCUAACGCCAACGCUCAUCACGGCGUGCACAGCGAGGAUGAGGACGACCAGUUCCUUGACGCCGUCGAAGAGAUCAGGGAAGAAAUUCAACUUCCUGUACAAUCUCAACACAAGCGGUCCAUUUCUGACCUCUCACAGGCAAGCGUCGAAGGCGGCGGUGGAGGUGGUGGCAGCGACUCAGUGUCGGGCGGCAGCGGCAGCAGCGGACGCGUGGAACAACAGAACACAGUACAAGUCAUCCGACGUGUUGACAACACGGCUGACAGCAGCCUGAGCGAGGACGUGACGAGCGUGGUCGGGUCCCAGGCGACGACGCCCACCAUGGCGCCCGUAGCGCUGCCGGGAGCCUGUGCCGCCAAGAGCAACAGACCGCCCCGCCAGCGCCGGACUCGCGUGCCCGAUAAGCCCAGUUACCCUCUUAACCUCUGGUCUAUUAUGAAGAACUGCAUCGGCAAGGAGCUUACCAAGAUACCCAUGCCCGUGAACUUCAGCGAGCCUCUGUCGUUUUUGCAGCGACUGACGGAAGACUUUGAGUACAGCGAUAUACUCGACCGCGCCGCGCUGUUGGAGGACUCGUGCGAGCAACUGUCGUGGGUGGCAGCGUUCACGGUAUCAGCGUACGGCACGACAGCGAUGCGCACGGCCAAGCCAUUCAACCCGCUGCUGGGGGAGACCUACGAGUGUGAUCGCACUGAUGACUUCGGCUGGCGUGCGCUCAACGAACUAGUUUCGCACCACCCACCCAUCAUGGCGCAGCACGUUGAGGGCGUGCAGGGCUGGACCAGCUGGCAGGAGUUCUCCAUGUCUUCCAAGUUUAGGGGCAAAUACCUGCAAAUUAUUCCUCUAGGAAUAGCUCAUCUCUCCUUCAAAAAUUCCGGUAACCACUACACAUGGCGUAAGGUAUCAACCACGGUGCACAACAUGAUCGUGGGCAAGCUGUGGUUGGACAACCACGGUGAAAUGGAGAUCAUCAACCACACCACAGGAGACAAGUGUUGUCUUAAGUUCAUACCUUACUCAUACUUCUCCAGAGAAAUACCUAGAAAGGUUACGGGCUAUGUGGUGAACCGCGAGGGCGAGUUCAAGUGGUUCCUCACAGGCACGUGGGACGACCAGAUGGAGGCGUGCAGGGUGGUCAGUGAGAGCACCGUCAGGAACGGCAAGCCCGUCUACGAGACGGACUCAUUAAAAACUUUCUACACCCGCAGCCCCGAGUGCGAGAAGUACUACAACUUCACGGAGCUGGCGUGUCAGCUGAACGAGGCUGAGGAAGACGUCGCACCCACGGACUCCAGGCACCGGCCCGACCAGCGGCUCAUGGAGAACGGACUUUGGGACGAGGCUAACACUGAGAAAGUCAGGCUCGAGGAGAAGCAGCGAGCCGUGCGCCGACACAGAGAGAACGAAGCGGCCCUCGCGGCAGAGAGAGGAGAGGAGUACCCUUCGUACGAGGCGACGUGGUUCCAGAAGACCAGCGACGAGCUGACCAAAGGCAUCAUGUACACCUACAAAGGCGGAUAUUGGGAGGCCAAAGAGAAGCAAGAUUGGUCAGCAUGUCCGGACAUAUUUUAGAACGCUUGUCCAUGACUUAGGCAUCGAAACAACAAAUAUCUUGUGUUCCACUUAAUUAUGUGUGUACGGCCUCCAGGUAGGAAUCUUCAAAAGCAUCUUCUAUUAGAAACUUAUAGCAAUCCUUCAUUCUCAGACUAUUAAGCAUUAAGGGCUUUUGAUAUUUGGGGUUCUUCUUCUCAUAAGACAUUAUCUGAGCUAACAUUUUUCUUUUUUAGUAUCAUCUCAAAGAACUAUAAGGAAAUUCGAUGACAGUCGGGAAAAGAUGUCUUGUAGUAACUGCUGUGCAGAAUGAACUUGUGUCGCUAUGGGGUUGGGCUAACCGCGUGAAAUUUAUUGAAUCGUAAUAGCAUCACCGGUCGUUUUCAAGCGCAGAAGUGUUUUAAUAGAAUUAAAUUCGUGUUCAGUUUGUGGUUGGGUAUCAUUAGGAAAGUAAAUGUUUUCUAUAAGCGGUAUUUGUAUUGAAUUUGAGUGCUGCGCUAGCGAGAGGGAUUCUUAAUUCAGAAUUUGGUUUAAUGAUCGUAAAUUCUUCUAUGUUUAGGUUUCAAGCCUGUUCUUUGUAGGCACAGUUCUAAAUGAAGAAUGCGGUGCACUGAUUGAGUAGGAGCUAGAGAACAUUUUGGUUAGCGGGAAUUUAAUUUUGAUUCUCCGAAAAGAUUUAUUUGCUCGUGAAAAGCUCACACGGUUUAAAGCCGCCGAUGUAUCUUCAUCUUGUAUCACACUCAUCUUCUUUCAAUGAGUUCAGUGCCUCAAUGUUUGGUGUGUGUGAUGGCGUCAUUUCUCUGCCAAUCUUCAUUGCAGUUCCAGUUGAACAGAACGAAACAUUUUCAAAGAACUCUAUGUAAAUUUUCAUUGCUGAAAUCGUGUAUAAAUGAUUAAAAUUUUCACAGACCCGUUGCAAUUUUAUCGUCUUGCAUAAGUUAUUCUUUCGGCAAUAUUUCCGAGUUCAUGUAACUUGAUGAAAUUUACAUAUUCCAUGAAAUUCAUGCGGUGCUUUGUGUAUAAGAAGCACUGCAUGUUUCUACCUCCGAACGCGCCCAAAGUUUUCUAUUGAAAACGUUUUGUUUUAUACUAAGUCGUUCUUGGAGGACUAAGAAGCAAUUUUUUGGAACCUUUAUUUAUAAUUGAUUUCUUAUGACUGCCCUUUCAUACUUCUCUAAUGUUUCGCAUUAUUUGUAUUGGGACUAGAAUUAAUUUAUAUAUGGACUGUAGAUAUAAUAUUGUCUUGCACUUGGGCUUCAGGAACACGAUGAUAUAUGCCGAAGUAUUUAAUGAUCACUUUAAAAGAAUUAAAAGAAUCUAUGUUAUGAUCCCGGUAUUUCAGCGAGGUUAUUAUCUUCAUAAGCGUUUAUCUUUAGGAAAUAAAUCUGCACAGAUUUACUUCUGGUUGAAGUCUGAUCUUGUGAUGUCAGAUGUUGAUGUGGUAGGAGCUUUAUAUGUUACCUAAAGUAUAUAUUUUUACUUGGGCAAAUUAGAGAUAAUAAGUUUUCCGGGCAUAUCUGCUUCAAGUUCAUUAGUAAUUUAGCAUCUUCGGUUAGACGUUACUUCUUUAGAUAGAUAUUUACCUGUCACUAUGCCUUCUAUUUGCUAGUACUUUACUUACCUGCUUGAGUUGCAUAAAAUGGACAAAGUUUUCUCAGGCAGAUAAUCUGUUCAAAUCGGUAUAGUGUUUCUGGCUAAUCGAGCGAAAUUUGUUAUUGCUGCAUCUCUCGUACUGCACAGCAGCCGCUCGGCUGAGGGUAAACAAAUGCCUUUACAGAACCAGCUCGACUUCAAUAAUAAAAGUGCAUUUUAUUUUGAACACACAAGUAUUGUUUUAAAUUGUUACUAGAGUCAUGGCGAUAUCAACGACGAUGCAUUUUUCAUCAAGUUUUCAAGCUCAAAGUCGAUCAAGCAAUGCUUAACUACAGGUCUUAUCGGUUCCUUCAUUUCCUCAAGCCUUUUGACCUUGUCUCUUGAAUGGUCUUUUUUCCCUCUGUUUUCCUCCAAAUACAUUUGGCAUCUCUUUCUUGCCUGCCUAAUCAUAAUAGCAUCUAAAGUUGAAUAAAAAUGUAAGUAUUUCACUAUCGUCCGCCUUCUUUAUCAUUUUGUCAUGCGUCCGACGUUUGGGUCGACGCAAAUACGCGUGCAAUUGUAAUACAAGAAAGGCAUUAUGUUUGUUGAAGACUCGUCUCUUAGCACAUGCUUCUUAUUUACGAAAAUAGCUCAUAUUAAGAAAAAUCACUUAUAUUAAUAGAUAUAUAUAAUUCGUCAAAUUGUAAUAAACUUUCAUUUUUGCUACGCUGUAAUUUCUUCUUCUUAAUUUCGAAGGGCACUGUUGCAUCUUCUCUUAGAUAUUAUAUUGGAAUUACAGGUAGCAUUUAUGUAUCUCCAAUUAUUUGGACUUUAUUGUUUAUCGUUAAUGAAGUCGCACUGUUUUAUUACAAACUAGUUCUACUGAGUUGCUGCUAAUUUUAUAUUCAUCAAUUCGUUUUUCAUUAAGGAAUUGAUGUGCGUCGAUAUUGGGGCCUAGGCUGAUUUCGGUGUUCACUAGUUUUGAAUCACUUUUUAAAGUUAAUAAUAAUUUGAGGUUGAGAUAACAUGUAAUUGUUAACUGCUGUUCAAAAGGCGUCAUACCCGAUGGUUGAGUCAACUUCUGCGUGCGAUGCGGACAAGAUCGUCCCCGUCGCUGAACCAGUGUACCAUCAGUUGGCUGGAAAGAACAAGUACAUACAAAUUUAAAAGAAAUUCAUAAGCAAAAAGUAAUUUGAGUCUUGUUGUUGCAGUAGAAAGGUUCCAAGCACAUCAGUUUAUUGUAAUAUGAUGACGUUCACUGUUAAACGCUUGAUAUUGAUAACGUCAUUGUCGUACAUUAUGUACGUAGAUAGAUACGCAGCACUAGUGUUAAGGGAGGAUUCGAAGUGGAAAUGUUCUUGCACUGUUUAAGAAAACACUUUAUACAAAUGACGUAAAAUAAAAAUAUUUAUUCCCAGUUUUAACUAGAAACCGAACUUUUACUAUAGUUAUUGAUUUAAUUAUUGUGAGUUUAUGCGUGUACAUUUUUUUUUUCUUUAUCAACUAGAGUACAAUUACAUUGCUUUUACAUUGAGCUUUCCAUGAUAAAAGCGUAACUAAUUUGUCAUCUUUAGAAAACUAUAAGUUGGUAUAUAAUAUACUAUAUUAUGUUUAUAAUUUAAAUGUUCUCAUCUACGGACCGAACCACUAGGGAGAAAGCCGGCCGUCCUCGCCUAAUAUCAUUUGAUGGAAUUAUUGUUCUUGAAUUAUUUUCUGAAUUCAUUAACUGUAGGAUUGACAUUUCCAUAUCAGGAACCAAUUCCUGAAAGCAUUUUUAUUUAGUUUGUCAUCAUUCUUUUUUUUUUAAUAUUGUUUCAAGACAAUUCCGCACUAAUUCAGCUCCAUUUUUGUAACCAUUUCUUCGUGAUAGUUUGCCGAGUUUGUUCUUGUUGACUUCAUACUACAUAACUUUUUUAUUCGAAAAAAUAAAUUGCUUUUUGUCUGUAAUGCGCCCGAUGGUGUAUAUUUGAACUAGUUUACCGAUAAACGGAUAAUGGAUUCACUAAUAAUUACAUAAUAUUUCUACUGUUGGCAUGGUUUCAAAUUUCAGUCUCUUACUCUUUCAAUUACAAAUUUAAUUAUUACUGGUCUGAUUGAUGAUUGAGCUAAAUGAUCACUUAUCAUUUAAGCAACCGUUCUCGAGCUGAAUGAUCACUUGUCAUUGGUCUCAACGUUCCUGAACUGAAUGAUUACAUAUCAUUCGUCUCAACGUGAUAGAGCUGAAUGAUCACGUGUCAUUCAUCUUAACGUUGCUGAUGUAAUGAUUGAUAUCUCAUUCAUGCCAAAGCUCAUUAGAUCGUCUGACAUUUGACUAGCGAGAGGCCCAAGUUCUUAGCGAGAGGUCAUGCUAGUUACUUAUGUUGUUCUCUUCCCAAGUUCAAUUCUUUGGUAGAGCUAGAAAAAGGCCAUUUUCAAUAUUUAAUGUAUAAUGUUAAUGUUAAGUUAGUUAAUUAUUCUGGAUAGUUCCAUCUUUGUAGGCUCAAAAUUAUAAUUUUGUAGGUUUUAAAUCAGUCUAAUUUCAUUAUUGUUGUGUAGGUCUUUGUUUGGUACACUUUUUUUUUAUUAUUGUACAGGUCUUCGAUCGGUAUUAUAUCGGCUCCACAGCCUUCAGGCAGACCAGUGGCGUAUUGUCUAAUUGAUGAAUAUGAAUUUUUGCGUGGCGAUAUUGAUUAAACUUUAUACUUCACUAAUUUUUUUCGUCAUUUUUUCGAGGAAAUAUGAUCGUCUAUGAGGAAUAUUUUGAAGAUCUAUAUGAGAAAUCUUCAUAUUUCAUAUCUUGAUACUGUGUAACGAAUAUCUUUCCAGUCUACAUUUUAUUCUAUACAUGCAAGUAAUCACGCGUUAUAAUGCAAAUUAACGUACCUACGUGGCUUUCUUGAUGCAUGCCCAGGAAAAUUAGGAAACUGUCCAAAUAGCGAUGCAGUUUUGCCCUAAUGCGGGAAAUAUUUAUCCAGUUUGUCCCGGUAAAGAGGCGCAUCAGAGGUACGCGCAGAUUGUGUCACUAUGUGGAUAAUAUCGUCCAUUCAUUUUUCUAAGUGCAUCUACUAAAUUCCGGGUCUGGGUCGUGGUAUCGUUGCUUCUGUUCAUUUAUUGUUCAUUUACAUUCAAUUCCUCAGAAACCUAUUUCAGAGAAAUGUGUGAGACUUUGUCUUAAUAGCGAUACUUUUUACCUCUAUGUGAGUCAUCUUGGCCCAGUAUGGCCAGGUGCGUAUAUACUGUGUAUCAGAGCUACGUGUCAAAAGUAUGCCACUAUUUGGACGAUUAGACCCAUGCAUUUUUGUGAGUGCUACGACGAAACAGCCGCCUAGGUAGGGGCUGUUGUCUUUCUCCCCGAUUCUAUUUAUGGUGAAUAAAUGUACUUAUUUAUGAAUGAAGUGCAGCUCAAUUAACCCAUUGAGGCAUAACUCAAUAUCCUCACUUAUGGAACUGUAACCUAUCCAUCUAAUUUUCCUCGUCUUCUUAUUGCAUUGUUCUUUUGUACAUAAACCUUUAAUUUUGUUUGCGCCUUCUCACAAUUAUUUCCCCACGAAUAACUGCGUCGACCAAGUAAGGUGAAUAAUUUUGCUUCUAUGAAGCUGGUGCCUAUGAACGAAUGGACAUAAAUGGAGCAACGCUAACGUUCGUGUGCGUCAACGAACGUUUACGUCAACAUUCGUGUACAUGCCAUCAAGAAUAUUCCUUUGUAUGAUAUACUAAUACUUAUAAAGCUUUUGUGUGUGUCGUGAUACAUCCGCGUCUCGUAUGUAUUAUCUAUCUUUGUCUUGCUAUGACAAUAUGAAGUGUAUAUAAAGUUAUUAUUGAUCUUAGGAUUUGGGCAAUUGCAAGAAUGUCAGGAAUGUUAUUCCGUGAAUCUUUUUACUGCGAUGUUUAAUUGAUUUUGUGAUAUAGCAAUAAACGUGUAUGAUCUUCA